CUCUCCCUCUUCUCUCUCAGCUCCCUAACAUUAAAGAAAAAAUGCUGCUAUCAGUGACUUCCAGGCCUGGGAUUUCAACUUUUGGCUAUAACAAGAACAACAAGAAGCCAUAUGUGUCAUUGGCUCAGCAGAUGGCACCACCUAGUCCAAGCAGCAGUACCCCUAACAGCAGUAGUGGGAGCAAUGGAAAUGACCAGCUGAGCAAAACCAACCUGUACAUCCGAGGAUUGCAACCAGGCACUACUGACCAGGACCUUGUCAAACUGUGUCAGCCAUAUGGCAAGAUUGUUUCCACUAAGGCCAUACUGGACAAGACCACAAACAAAUGCAAAGGCUAUGGCUUUGUGGAUUUUGACAGUCCUUCAGCAGCACAGAAAGCUGUAACAGCACUGAAAGCCAGUGGUAUACAAGCACAGAUGGCAAAGCAACAGGAGCAGGACCCCACAAAUUUAUACAUCUCAAACCUCCCAUUGUCAAUGGAUGAACAAGAACUGGAGGGGAUGCUGAAGCCCUUUGGCCAGGUUAUCUCUACCCGAAUCCUUCGAGACACCAGUGGGACCAGCAGAGGGGUUGGCUUUGCAAGGAUGGAGUCCACAGAGAAGUGUGAAGCCAUCAUCACCCACUUUAAUGGAAAAUAUAUUAAGACACCCCCUGGAGUACCAGCCCCUUCUGAUCCAUUGCUUUGCAAAUUUGCUGAUGGUGGGCCAAAGAAACGACAGAACCAAGGAAAAUUUGUACAAAAUGGACGGGCCUGGCCAAGGAAUGGAGACAUGGGUGGUAUGGCCUUGACCUAUGACCCCACCACAGCUCUUCAGAAUGGGUUUUACCCAGCUCCUUAUAAUAUCACCCCCAACAGGAUGCUUGCACAGUCUGCACUCUCCCCAUAUCUUCCAUCACCUGUGUCUUCAUAUCAGAGAGUGACUCAGACAUCUCCUCUACAAGUACCUAAUCCAUCUUGGAUGCACCACCAGUCAUACCUCAUGCAGCCUUCAGGUUCAGUUCUGACUCCAGGAAUGGAUCAUCCCAUUUCUCUCCAGCCUGCCUCCAUGAUGGGACCCAUUACCCAGCAACUGGGACACCUCUCCCUCAGUAGCACGGGCACGUAUAUGCCAACAGCUGCAGCUAUGCAAGGAGCUUACAUUUCCCAGUACACCCCGGUGCCUUCUUCCAAUGUUUCAGUUGAGCCAAGCCUGCCUACUUUGCCUUUUUACAGGUUUUAAUUUUGUGGAUUUCUUUUUUGAAUGAAAUUUCAUAUGGAAGUUUUUGAGGGCUGGGCAAGAAACAAGGCAGAAUACUAAGCAGGCAAUGGAAGCGGCUUUUUCUCCCUCUGCCCUGCCACAUCCUGGGAGAAAAGACUAGACUUUGGCUUCAGGAAGCAAAGAUGUGACCUAGGCUCAUCGGAGAUAAUUCUACAGCUUUUGGGAACCACCCUUGAGCCAAAUUUGGUUGAUGACUAAGUCUUCCCUGGCAAAUUCUGGAAGGAUGGACUUACUGACUUCUGAUUAACUCUUCUCACUGCCAAGGCCAACACUCUGAGGAGGUAUCUUUUCCAGCUACAGCUUUUUGAGAAUACCUGCCUUCCUGCCUUCUGGAGAAUCUUCUUUUCUGCCCCGAGUCCCAUGGUUCCUCUCUUCCCUGUUGCACAUUGCUGUGCUCAGAGCCUUUGUAGCUGUGGCCUAGCUGAAUCCACCUAGGCUCUCUCCCCACUGUGGAAGAUCUGCUGCUUCACCUAUAGACCAGUGGUUCUCAACAGGAAGUGGUUUUGUCCCCCAGACACUGCUGACAACAUCUGAAGACAUUUUUGAUUGCCGUGCCUGGAGGUGGGGUAUGUGUGCUACUGGUGUCUAGUGUCCAGGGAUGCUGUUAAACAUCCUACAGUGCACAGGACAACUCCCACUACUCCCAACAAAGAAUUAUCUGGCUCAAAAUAUCAAUAGUGCAAAGGGUAAGAAACCUUGAUAUAGACAGUGUUGUUCCUGCCUCCUGGGAUGAGGUGAAUUCCCAUCCCAACUCUGGACACACAGUGCCUUUUGACACUCAUGCAACUGGUUGGGAAGGAUGAAACUGGGAUCCUUGAAUUCUCCCCAGGCUUUGACCUUUGACACCUCUGCAUACCGCAAGAGCUGUCCUUGAGAGGCUUGUGGCUGUGAGAGAUCAAGGUGGGGACUGUUCUGUGUGCACUAUGCAGAAGUGGAAUAGGACAAAGCUCUUUGUAACUGUCCAGAGCAACCUGACCUGCCCUGGUGUGUUUGGACCCCUUCCCCAGGGAACCAGGACAUCAGAAAUAAUUUUCCUUCUUGUAGAAGGAUGUCAGGGAACUAUGAUAGAAAAGGGCAAUAAAUUACAUCUCAUUAUUUAUAA